AUGGCUUCCAGCUAUUGGGACUCGACACAGCGGAGGUUCUGGACCUUCACCAAGCAGCAGCUGGCGCUGGAGCGGAAGAAGCUUGAAGAGUCAGAACGGAACCUGGUGAACAUGUACCCACUUCCGGACAGACGACAUCUUAGCAUCUACUUCUAUCAUCAAUUAUCAAAGAUGGCUAGACCACUAGUCAUCCGGCAGCAAGCCUUGGCCACCGCUCAGAUCUACGUCCGACGAUUCUAUCUGAAAGUAGAGAUUCGACGUACGAAUCCUGCCUUAGUUCUGGCAACAGCUCUGUAUCUAGCUUGCAAAAUGGAAGAAUGCCCGCAGCACAUCAGGAUGGUGCUGGCGGAGGCUCGCCAUUGUUUGGAUACAUCCUUCAACGACGUCUCGAAGAUUGGCGAGUGCGAAUUCACCCUCAUCUCGGAGAUGAACUCACAGCUCAUCAUUCACCACCCAUACCGCAGCCUUGCCGAGCUACAGACCCAGUUCCAGCUAACGCAAGAAGAAAACGCGUUGGCUUGGUCAAUCAUCAACGACCAUUAUCUGACGGACCUUCCUCUUCUCCACGCCCCUCAUGUGAUCGCCAUCACUGCCAUGUUCCUUGCGGUGGUGCUCAAACCCACGCAGGGUGGUCUCCAGAUGCAUGCCGCAGGGGUAGCUAAUGCACUCCAGACUCUGGGCAAUGCUCGCGGUGGUUCUGCCCAGGGCACGCAAAACAGGGUGCAGAAGCUCGUUGACUGGCUGGCAGAAAGCACAGUCGAUAUUGAAGCCGUCGUCGAGUGCACUCAGGAGCUUAUCUCGCUCUAUGAGAUAUGGGAGUCCUACACGGAUAAGACGUGCAAAGAUCAGAUUGCUAAAUUUGUCAAAGCAAGAGGAUUGGACAAAUGA